AUGGCGACCCCGCAGGAACUUGUCCCUCGAACUGAAUCCAUCGCUGAGGUUUAUGCCACUGACAAUGCCUCUGCUACUACUGCCUCACCAGAACAUGUCAAGCGGUUCAACAAUCUAGUUUCUCACUUCCACAAGCAAUAUAACCACUCCCCCGAUUUCGUUGCCCGCAGCCCCGGCCGCGUGAACAUCAUUGGAGAGCACAUCGACUACAACCUGUACGAUGUCCUCCCUACAGCAGUGAGCGUCGACGUGAUUAUCGCCGUCAAGGUCGUUCCCACAGAGAGCUCAGAAUCGGCUGUAAAGAUUGCCAAUGUUCUGCCUGACAAGUUUCCGACGCGUGAGUUCUCUGUGCCCAAGGACUCGGACGUCGAAAUCGACCCCAAGAAACAUGAAUGGGUGAACUACUUUAAGGCUGGGUUAGUUGGUGCACUUAAAGUUUUGCGCAAGGGUGCUGCAGAUGGUUCGUUUGCUCCGGCCAGUAUGGAAGUGCUAGUCGACGGGAACGUUCCUCCUGGUGGUGGUAUCUCCAGCAGUGCAGCUUUUGUGUGCUCCAGUGCGCUGGCCGUCAUGAAGGCAAACAACCACGAUGUCUCAAAGCAGGACUUGCUUGAUCUAGCUGUCGUCUCGGAGCGUGCUGUCGGUGUCUAUUCUGGAGGCAUGGAUCAAGCAGCGUCCAUCUUCUCCCGCCGCGGAUACCUCCUCUACACCCAGUUUUUCCCCAACUUCUCUGUUCAGCACGUUGCCAUUCCCAAGGCUGCGGAGGAAAUCACUUUCCUCAUGGCCCAGAGCUUCGUUACCUCCAACAAAGCUGAGACGGCGCCGCGCCACUACAAUCUCCGCGUCGCAGAGUGUACGCUCGCCUCGGUCGUUCUCGCCAAAGCGAACGGUCUCACCCUUCCCAAGGACAACAGUUCCCUUGGAUACAGCCUUCGCACCUUCCACAACGAACUUAUGCGAAAAGAAGGCCGUCUUGGGGACCCGCUCGAGUACCAAAUCGACUCUGUCAUCCAGGCCACUCUCGAUAUUCUCACUCAGGAGCAGGGCUACACGCGCGAGGAGAUCGCUCAGCUUCUGUCCAUCUCCGUACCCGAGCUUGAAACCACGUACCUCUCCUCCUUCCCCGUCCAAGCGGAGCGCUUCCUCCUCCGCCAGCGAGCCCUGCAUUGCUUCAAGGAAGCCCGACGCGUCCUUGACUUCAAGGCUUGCCUCGCGAACGCAUCAACCUUGGAUGACAAGCGCAUUCACUACCUUGGUCAACUGCUCAAUGAGUCUCAAGAUUCGUGUCGCGACGUCUACGAGUGCUCCGCACCCCAAGUUGACGAGAUCUGCAACAUCGCACGCAAGGCAGGAACAUGGGGCAGUCGGCUGACUGGUGCCGGGUGGGGAGGGUGCACUGUUCACAUGCUGCCGCAGUCAAAAGUUGAGGCUGUAACAAAGGCGCUGACGGAGGAGUACUAUCUGAAGUAUUUCCCAGAUAUUAGCGAGGAGAAGCUGAAGGAGGCAAUGGUCAUCUCUAAGCCGUCUAACGGGUCUUUCUUGAUUACGGGAGCUGCAAUUUCUCAGGUUGAUGUUUGA